AGUCUGCAGAACUUGCUGAAGGACCUAUGCUAUCAUUCUUACACUGGUCAAGAUUACAGCACACAGAAGAAUGCUGGGAAGAUUUCUUUAGACCAGAUUGAUUCACUUUCUACCAAAUCCUUCCCACCUUGCAUGCGUCAGUUACAUAAAGCCUUGCGGGAAAAUCACCAUCUUCGUCAUGGAGGCCGGAUGCAGUAUGGCCUCUUCCUGAAGGGCAUUGGUUUAACAUUGGAACAGGCAUUGCAGUUCUGGAAGCAAGAAUUUAUCAGAGGAAAGAUGGAUCCAGACAAGUUUGAUAAAGGCUACUCUUACAAUAUCCGUCAUAGCUUCGGAAAGGAAGGCAAGAGGACAGACUAUACGCCUUUCAGUUGCAUGAAGAUUAUCCUAACCAAUCCACCAAGCCAUGGGGAUUAUCAUGGGUGCCCAUUCCGUCACAGCGAUCCAGAGCUGCUGAAGCAGAAGUUGCAGUCCUACAAGAUCUCUCCUGGAGGGAUACAGCAGAUCUUGGAUUUAGUAAAAGGGACGCAUUACCAAGUGGCCUGUCAGAAGUACUUCGAGAUGAUACAUAACGUGGAUGAUUGUGGCUUUUCUUUGAGCCAUCCUAAUCAAUUCUUUUUUGAGAGCCAACGGAUUCUAAGUGGUAAUAAAGACAUCAGGAAGGAAUCCAUCCAACCAGAAACUGCUCAACCCAAACCAAGUGUCCAGAAAGCCAAGGAUGCGUCAUCUGCUCUGGCCUGUCUAAAUUCCUCUCUGGAAAUGGAUAUGGAAGGACUAGAGGAUUACUUCAGUGAAUGAUUCUUGGGCACUUAGGAACCCUUUUUCUUCACUAGCUUUCAUGUCUUACUUUCAAGAUUUUGCCUGUUUCUUUUUUAACCUCUUUGUCUACUCCUUCCACUGCUCCCCAGUCCAUCCCCUGGAAAGCAGGCUUGUGGGUAAAAACCUCCACUCUAUUUUGCUUUGACAAAAGGGAAAAUUUCUUUUGAUAUCUAACACUUGAGUGGUGUGAUCUGAGUCCUGUUUUAGGAGAUUAAACAGCUUUCUAGACUGGUUACAGUACCCUAGAGACAACAGAACUAAAAACAACUCUUAUUUUAAACCUUAUGGCUGUAAUUGUUACUCAGUCCUUUUCUGGACCAUUUUUGUUAAUAAAUACCAAAAUGUGUA